AUGGCCGGAGCCAGUACUGACGCGCAGGUCGAUGCGCUCGCGGCGGAGAUCCGGCAAUUGAAGGCAGACUUGAAGACGCAGGGCUUGAAGUCUUCGGAGAUCAACCACCACCAGGCAGUGGUGGCGAAGGUGCAGGAACUGCAGCGUCUGAAGAGUCAACUCUCCAGUGACGACCCUCGCACGGACGCGGCCUUUUUCGCGCGUCAAAAGCAAGAGGCCGAAGACGCUCAGAAGCAAAAACAGGCGGACUUGACGCAUCAACGCGCUGAGCUCAAGGCCGCCGAGCAGUCUGCACCGCAGCCUUUGAUCCAGCGGAAGAUUUUCCACCUCUUCAGACAUGCAGGCACCGGUCCGACCUUUCACUACGAGCCCCCACCGCGGUUGAACAGCAAAGAUUGCGGCUUCGGCGCAGGGGAGGAGCCAAAUCCACCCGUCUACAUUACGGAGAAGUGGGAUGGAACCACCAUGCAGGCCACGGCGCAGCACAUCUUCAAGCGCAUCGACCUUUGGGGGAAGCGUCGCGACGGUGAUCCCAGUCAGCGCUACAGCCUUCGCUUGUUGGCCUGGAAGGACGGGGACGGUGCCUGGAGGGGCUUGGACUUUUUGGAGGCGGACCAGAGACUCUUGGAGGCUAUGAGACCUCACCUUUCAAAGCUUGCUAGCUUGGAUGAGGGGCUUUGCGUCUACUUCGAGGCGGUCCAUACCGACAUCAAUGCGAACUUCAAGCAUUUGCCUGGAUUUGCAGAUAUUCGGGUCUUCGACUUUUCGCGCUCGGGCUCGCAUGGCGUGGGAAGGUUUUUGCCUUUCGACGAGACCAUCGAGCUAGCGAAGCGGUUUGAUUUGCCGCUGGUGGCUUACGAGUAUCGGAAGAAGCUCACUGCGGAGGAGCUUUGGGCUGACCUUGAGAAGGCUUCCAAGCGGCACUAUGCCACGGCACCUGCCAUGCUCGAAGGCUUCGUGGUGCGCGAGGCGGGUGCCGGUGGCCGCAUAGCCAAGGCGCGUGUGGAACAGCUCGAAGCGGCCGCGGCGGUUACGGCGGCGGCCGUGCAAGCGGACCCCAAGCCGAAGAUGCGGAGCAAGACGAAGGCGGAAGCCAAGGCGCGGUGUUGGAAGAAGUGGUGCUGUUGCCUUCUAAAGCUGCUAUAG